AUGGAGGAGGUGGCUGGGAAUGCCCCAUGUGAAUGCUUUGAGGCCAAUGUGCUUACCCAGAGCCGCUGUCAAAACUGCUUCCACACUGAAGAGGCCCACGGGGCAAGGCACCAGGAGCCCAGGAGCCCUUCAAGUGCUGAGGUGCCCUACUGCAACCUGCCCUGCUACCCGCCUGCCCCUGAGGAUCCACUCAGCGCCUCAACCUCCAGCUACCAGUCUGUGGUGGACCUGGGCCUCAGGUCAGGGCCCAAGAGGGACCUGUCCUCAUCAGCAGGGCUCCCUGAAGAGGGCCCAGCAGCUGCCCCCAGGAGCAGGAGCUGGGAGCUCGAGGCGGUGCCCUAUCUGGAGGGCCUGACCUCCUCCCUGUGUGGCAGCUGCAACGAGGACCCUGACUCUGACACCAGCUUCAGCCCUGAGUGUGACACCCCUGAUGAUACCAGCAACUCGUCCUCUGUGGACUGGGACACUGUCGAGAGGUGGGUGGAGGCCCCCAGCCAGGACAAGCUUACCAUGAUGAUCCCGCGGAGGCCCCAGGAGGAACCAAGAGCUGACAGUGCCCAGAGAUCUCCGUCUCUCCUCACCAGGUCCCCUGCAGGAGGAGACACUGCAGGCCAGAGAAAGGAGGACACUGGCAGUGGGAGACGGAGCUCUGGACAACACUGGGCAAAGCUCCGGGGAGAGAGUGGGUACUUCUCCUUGGAUCGGCACCGGUCAGCACUAACCCAGGCUUCCUCUGCAAAACCACAGAGUGGACCUCGAAGUGCCACCCCACAGGCUUCCUCUACCCAAAGAGAUAUUGUCCAGGAUGCUUCUACACAACGCGAUACUCCCCGAGUUUUCUCUCCCUCCCGAGUCACCCAAAAGGAAAACCCCAGGACUUCAUUCACCCAACAGGGCACCCCUGGGGCCUCAUCCACACAGCGAAACACUCCCAGAGCUUUCUCUCGCUCAAGAAUCACCCAACAGGAUAACCCCAGAACCUCUUCCACCCAACAAAAUAAUCUUCAACUUUCCUCUUCCCCCAGAGCCACCCAAAAAGACAACCACAGAACCUCUUCUACCCAGCAGGACAACCCUCAAACUUCUUUUCCUACUUGUACUCCCCAACGGGAAAACCCCAGAACAUCCUGUGCCCAACGGGACAAGCCCAGAGGCUCCUCUCCCAACAGAACCACCCAAAGGGAAAUCUCCAGAACAUCCUGUGCCCAACGGGACAAUCCCAGAGUCUCCUCUCCCAACAGAACCACCCAAAGGGAAAUCUCCAGAACAUCUUGUGUCCAACAGGACAAUCCCAGAGGCUCCUCUCCCAACAGAACCACCCAAAGGGAAAUCUCCAGAACAUCUUGUGUCCAACAGGACAAUCCCAGAGGCUCCUCUCCCAGCAGAUCCACCCAGCGGGAAAUCUCCAGAACAUCCUGUGCCCAACGGGACAAUCCCAGAGGCUCCUCUCCCAGCAGAUCCACCCAAAGGGAAAUCUCCAGAACAUCCUGUGCCCAACGGGACAAUCCCAGAGGCUCCUCUCCCAGCAGAUCCACCCAAAGGGAAACCUCCAGAACAUCCUGUGCCCAACAGGACAAUCCCAGAGGCUCCUCUCCCAGCAGAUCCACCCAGCGGGAAAUCUCCAGAACAUCUUGUGUCCAACAGGACAAUCCCAGAGGCUCCUCUCCCAGCAGAUCCACCCAAAGGGAAAUCUCCAGAACAUCUUGUGCCCAACGGGACAAUCCCAGAGGCUCCUCUCCCAGCAGAUCCACCCAAAGGGAAAUCUCCAGAACAUCUUGUGCCCAACAGGACAAUCCCAGAGGCUCCUCUCCCAGCAGAUCCACCCAGCGGGAAAUCUCCAGAACAUCUUGUGUCCAACAGGACAAUCCCAGAGGCUCCUCUCCCAGCAGAUCCACCCAAAGGGAAAUCUCCAGAACAUCUUGUGCCCAACAGGACAAUCCCAGAGGCUCCUCUCCCAGCAGAUCCACCCAAAGGGAAACCUCCAGAACAUCUUGUGCCCAACAGGACAAUCCCAGAGGCUCCUCUCCCAGCAGAUCCACCCAAAGGGAAAUCUCCAGAACAUCUUGUGCCCAACAGGACAAUCCCAGAGGCUCCUCUCCCAGCAGAUCCACCCAGCGGGAAAUCUCCAGAACAUCCUGUGUCCAACAGGACAAUCCCAGAGGCUCCUCUCCCAGCAGAUCCACCCCGCGGGAAAUCUCCAGAACAUCUUGUGCCCAACAGGACAAUCCCAGAGGCUCCUCUCCCAGCAGAUCCACCCAAAGGGAAAUCUCCAGAACAUCUUGUGCCCAACAGGACAAUCCCAGAGGCUCCUCUCCCAGCAGAUCCACCCAAAGGGAAACCUCCAGAACAUCCUGUGCCCAACAGGACAAUCCCAGAGCCUCCUCUCCCAGCAGAUCCACCCAAAGGGAAACCUCCAGAACAUCUUGUGUCCAACGGGACAAUCCCAGAGCCUCCUCUCCCAACAGAACCACCCAGCGGGACAAGCCCAGAACUUCUUGGAUACAACAGAACACCCCCAGAACCUCUUCUACCCAACGAGACAACUCUAAAGCCUCUUGUACCAAGUGGGAUGACCUAAGAACUAAUUAUGCCCAACGGGACAACCCCCACUCCCCUUCCUUUCAACCCAACAACCCUGGAGCCUCCUCCCCUCAAUGCUGCACCCAAAAGGACAAUCCUGGGCCAUCAUCUCCCCACCACUCCACUCAACGGAACAAUCCCAGGAAUCUCUCUCCCCAUCGUACUAACAAAGACAUCCCCUGGGCCUCCUUUCCCCUCCGGCCAACUCAGAGUGAUGGCCCCCGAACCUCCUCGCCAUCUCGCUCCAAGAAAAGUGAGGUUCCCUGGGCUUCCAUUGCCCUCCGGCCAACCCAAGGUGACAGGUCUCAGACCUCAUCUCCUACUAGACCAGCCCACUCCUCUGCUGGUCCCACCCAGCAUAGCUUGCCAUCCUGGGCCACCUCUUCUCCCCAUAACCUGGGCCACCGCAGUGCCUCCCAGACAUCCUCACCUCUGUACCCUGCUCCCCGGGGUGCUCCCCAGACCCCUGCUGAGGCCUCCCAGCCUCCCUGUGCUGUGUGUAUUGGGCACCGGGAUGCCCCGCGAGCCUCUUCGCCUCCUCGCUAUUUGCAGCACGACCCCUUCCCCUUCUUCCCAGACCACACUGCAUCCGAGAGUGAAUCACCCCAUCAUGACCCCCCCUACAUACCACCUGCCGUGUGCAUUGGACACCGGGAUGCCCCCCGGGCAUCCUCGCCCCCCCGCCACAGCCAGUUCGACCCCUUCCCUUUCCUCCCAGACACAUCAGAUCCCCAAGAAUCAGAGAAUCAGUCCUCCCAGCACGACUCUCCCCAGUUCCCCCCACCUGUGUGUAUCGGGUACCGUGAUGCACCCCGGGCCUCCUCCCCACCGCGCCAGGCACCAGAGCCCUUCCUCUUAUUCCAGGAUCUUCCUAGGGCCAGCACCGAGAGCCUUGUCCCUUCCAUGGACUCUCUGCACGAGCCCCCCCCCAUCCCUACCCCUGUGUGCAUUGGGCACCGGGAUGCACCCUCCUUCUCAUCCCCACCACGCCAAGCCCCUGAGCCCUCCCUCUUCUUCCAGGACCCCCCUGGGACUAGUAUGGAGAGCCUGGCUCCCUCCACUGACUCUCUGCAUGGCUCCCCAGUGCUGCCCCCCCAAGUGUGCAUUGGGCACCGGGAUGCACCUCGAGCCUCCUCCCCACCCCGCCACCCACCCAGUGACCUAGCACUCCUGGCACCCUCACCGACGCCAGGCAGCUCAGGGGGCUCCCGGGGUUCAGCGCCCGCUGGGGAGACCAGGCACAACUUGGAGAGGGAGGAAUACACCAUGCUGGCCGACCUGCCCCCACCCAGGAGGCUGGCCCAGCAGGAGGCUGGCAACAGUAGCCGCACCCGCAGCCCUGGCCGCGCAGAGGUGGAGCGCCUUUUCGGGCAGGAGCGCAGGAAGUCCGAGGCACCGGGGGCCUUCCAGGCCCAGGAUGAGGGAUGGUCAAAGCGGCCCAGUCAAGAUCAGAGCCAACUUCUCCGGAGGCAGUCCAGCCCUGCCCCCAGCAGGCAGGUGACCAAGCCCCCUGCCAAGCAGGCAGAACCCACCCGGCGGAGCCGAGCAGAGCCCCUUCAUCCCAGGAGUCCUGAGAGGCGAGCUGAGGGGGACCAGUGGCAUCAGGGGUCCUCACUACCCUCCAGGACAUCAGCCAAGACCCCUGAGAGGAAGCCACGGAGAGACAGACCUCUGGAGAGUGGCCAAACGGGUCCAAGAGAGCCUCUGGGGGUGUGGCAGAGUCAGGGGGAGCCGCGAGGGUCCCAGGGUCCCCACAAACACCUGGAGAGGAGCUGGAGCAUCCAGGAGGAGGGUCUGAGCCCUGGGCACUCUCAAGGACGUGGGGAGCCCAGCGUGGGGGCUGCCAGAGCCCUGGAGGGAACAUGGGAGGGCCCUCCCAGGGAGUACAGGGUGGGCUGGGGGCAGUCAGAGGCCUGGGAGGAGCCCCUGGAGAAGCCAGGCCAGAGCGGCUGGAGCAGCUUGCCGGAGCUGUCCUGUCCCCAUCAGCCCAUGAAGCCCCCAGAGCACUCCUGGGUAGGCCCCACAGCACUCUUGCAGUCCUGGCCACCUGACACACCCACUGCCAUGGGCUGGGGGGCUGAGGGAGUGUGCCCGCACCCGCAUGGCCCUGAGAGGAGAUUCGAACUUGACUGGAGGGAAUUGUUGGGCCUUCUCCGGGAACCAGGAGAGGGGGCCUGGGCCCAGCUCCCAAGGCUGGACUGGGAAGGCCUCCUAGAGCUCCUGCAGGCCCGGCUGCCCCACAAGGACCCAGCCAGACACUGGGGUGACCCAGCCAAGGCUUCAGGGCCAGAGCUGGGUUCGCCGGACACAAAGGGUGCUCUGGAGCUAGAGCAACACAGCCAUCCUGAAGGCUGGGCCGAGGUGACCCUGGUCAAUGGACACAGUCCUGGGCAAAGACCCCAGAGCCCAGCCCAGCCACCCAGCCCUGCCUGCACCUCCACCCAGUGGCCAAAGACCAAAGUGACAAGUGGACCAGAGACCUCAACUAUGGCUGGUCUGCAGCAGAUGGGCCAGCCAGGGAGCAGGAGCCCUGCAGAGGGCCCUGGUUCAUCAGAGCUGGAGUUCCAACCAGAGGAGCCUGCGGAGUCAGAACCAAGCAGAGGCCAAGACUCACUAACUGACCAGAAGCAGGCAGACUCGGCAGACAAGAGGCCAGCAGAGGGCAAGGCUGAGAGCCCACUCAAGGGCCGACUGGUGACCUCAUGGCGGAUGCCCGGGGACCGGCCCACGCUGUUCAAUCCGUACCUGCUGUCUCUGGGGGUCCUCAGGUGGCAAAGGCCCGAUCUGCUCAACUUCAAGAAGGGAUGGAUGUCAAUCUUGGACGAACCUGGAGAGCCAGCCUCCCUCCCCUCACUCCCCACUGCCUCUGCUUCACAGUGGAAGAAGCACUGGUUUGUGCUGACCGAUUCCAGCCUCAAGUACUACAGAGACUCUACCGCUGAGGAGGCAGAUGAGCUGGAUGGCGAAAUCGACCUGCGUUCCUGCACGGAUGUCACUGAGUACGCAGUACAGCGCAACUAUGGCUUCCAGAUCCACACCAAGGAUGCUGUCUAUACCUUGUCGGCCAUGACCUCAGGCAUCCGGCGGAACUGGAUCGAGGCUCUGAGGAAAACUGUGCGUCCAACUUCAGCCCCAGAUGUCACCAAGCUCUCAGACUGCAACAAGGAGAACACGCUGCACAGCUACAGCACCCAGAAGGGCUCCCAGAAGAUGGGAGAGCAGCGGGUGGGCUCUGAGGUCAUCGGCCGUGGUGGCCCUCGGAAGGCAGAUGGGCAGCGGCAGUCCCUGGACUAUGUGGAGCUCUCCCCACUGACUCAGGGCUCCCCGCAGCGGGCCCGCACACCAGCCCGCACUCCUGAACGUCUGGCCAAGCAGGGGGAGCUGGAGCGGGACCUGGCCCAGCGCUCCGAGGAACGGCGCAAGUGGUUCGAGGCCACGGACAGCAGGACCCCAGAGAUGUCCACUGGUGAGGGACUGCGCCGGGGACUGGGUGCCCCCCUGACCGAGGACCAGCAGAGACGACUCAGUGAGGAGAUUGAGAAGAAGUGGCAGGAGCUGGAGAAGCUGCCCCUGCGGGAGAAUAAGCGGGUGCCGCUCACUGCCCUGCUCAAUCAAAGCCGUGGGGAACACCAGGGGCCCCCAAGUAACAGCCAAGAGGCACUGGAGAAGGAGGUCCAGUCUCUUCGCUCCCAGCUGGAGGCAUGGCAUCUCCAAGGGGAGGCUCCUCAGAAUGCACCUAGAUCCCAGGAGGACAGCCACAUCCCCCCGGGCUACAUCUCACAGGAGGCAUGCGAGCGCAGCCUGGCGGAGAUGGAGUCCUCGCACCAGCAGGUGAUGGGGGAGCUGCAGCGGCACCACGAUCGGGAGCUUCAGCGGCUGCAGCAGGAGAAGGAGAGGCUCCUGGCCGAGGAGACGGCGGCCACAGCCUCAGCCAUUGAAGCCAUGAAGAAGGCCUACCAGGAAGAGCUGAGCCGGCAGCUGAGCAAAACACGGAGUCUCCAGCAGGGUCCUGAUGACCUCCAGAAGCAGCACCAGUCAGAUGUGGAGGCGCUGAAGCGGGAGCUGCAGGUGCUGUCGGAGCAGUACUCACAGAAGUGCCUGGAGAUUGGGGCCCUGACACGGCAGGCCGAGGAACGCGAGCAUACACUGCAGUGCUGCCAGCAGGAGGGCCAGGAGCUGCUGCGCCACAACCAGGAGCUGCAUGCCCGCCUGUCAGAGGAGAUCGACCGGCUGCGCAGCUUUGUCACCUCGCAGGGGACAGGCAACGGCUGUGGGCGCAGCAGCGAGCGGAGCUCCUGCGAGCUGGAGGUGCUGCUGCGAGUGAAGGAAAAUGAGCUCCAGUACCUGAAGAAGGAGGUGCAGUGCCUCCGGGAUGAGCUCCAGAUGAUGCAGAAGGACAAGUGCUUCGCCUCGGGAAAGUACCAGGAUGUUUAUGUGGAGCUGAACCACAUCAAGACGCGGUCAGAGCGGGAGAUUGAGCAGCUGAAGGAGCACCUGCGCCUCGCCAUGGCCGCCCUGCAUGAGAAGGAGUCAAUGCACAACAGCCUGAUGGAGUAGAGGUCCUGGUGGUACAGCCCAGCUGCAGACCCUCCAGCCCAAGGGGACCAGUCACCCUCCUUCCCUGCUGGAUGGAAGUCAGAAGCCAAGCCUUCUCUCCACCCUCUGUGGGCCACAUGUGCACCCACAUUCCCCCCACACACACACACACGCGCGCACACACACACACACACACACACACACACACACACACACUCUGCGUAUCUGAGCGCGCCCCUCACACUGGGUCUUAUCUUGCACCUUCUUCAGGAUUUUAUAUGUGAAGAGAUUUUUAUAUAGUUUUUUUUUCCUUUUUUUUCUUUUCAAAUACACUUUGUACAUUUGAAAAUGCAAUUUCUAGUGGCCGUGUGCCUCCAACACUGGCUCCCCCUCUGUCUGCAGCCGCUUGCUGCUUGGGCUGGUGGCCCUGCCCUGAGGGUCUAGCAGAGGCCCAGGCAGAUGUCCAGCCAGUGGCCAUGACAGAUUGACUGGUGGGCAGAGGCAGGAAGCCAGCCACCCUGUUCCUACCCUACCUCCUACUAAUUACUUCCUACCCUGUGGGGACCCAUGCCCUGGGACUCUGGACAGAUGGACAGAGGACCGCACCACCUCCUCCUCUGAGGGGUGCUAGGAGUGGAACUGCUGGAACCACUCAUGAAGGCGUUUCUCUCCUGCUCCGUGAACCUUCUUAAUAAAAUGUUCCAGCA